UUGAGUAGACUUUGAGGUUAAGCGCACUACCGACUGAUUGACUUGCUUUAGCUGCUUUUCGCGUUUUGUUAAAUAUCUGUGAAUAAAAAUGGCUUUAUCUGUACCAAAAGCACCCGGAGUGGCGCAAAUGUUAAAGGAUGGCGCCCGGAUGUACAGUGGUCUGGAGGAGGCAGUCUAUCGCAACAUCUCUGCCUGCAAGGAGUUCUCACAGACAAUGCGUUCCGCCUACGGCCCAAAUGGCAUGAACAAAAUGAUCAUCAAUCACAUCGAGAAACAGUUCGUGACCAGCGAUGCGGGCACCAUUAUUCGGGAGCUGGAUGUUGAGCAUCCAGCUGCCAAGCUGAUUGUAAUGGCCAGUCAAAUGCAAGACGCCGAGGUGGGUGAUGGCACGAACUUUGUUGUUGUGCUGGCUGGUGCGCUGCUCGAGUCGGCGGAGGAGUUGCUCCGAUUGGGCAUAACUACAGCCGAAAUAGCCGACGGCUAUGAGAAGGCAUUGAAUAAGUCCUUAGAGAUACUGCCAACUCUAGUCUGUCACAAAAUUGAAGACUAUCGCAAUGUUGACAAAGUUAAGGAGGUCAUUCGCUCGGCCAUUAUGUCGAAGCAGUACGGCCAGGAGGAUUUCCUUACUGAUUUGGUUAGCAAGGCGUGCGUCUCAAUAUUGCCCGAUGAGGGCACCUUCAAUGUAGACAACAUACGCAUCUGUAAGAUUUUGGGCAGUGGAUUGGGUGCAUCAGAGGUUGUACGCGGCAUGGUCUUCAAGCGCUUCGUUGAGGGUGAUGUCACCUCUGCCGAAAAGGCGAAAAUUGUAAUUUUCUCCUGUCCAGUCGAUAUCAUUCAAACGGAGACAAAGGGCACAGUGCUGAUCAAAUCAGCCGAUGAGCUAUUGAACUUCUCAUCCGGCGAGGAAAGUUUGCUGGAGAACCAAAUCAAGGCCAUUGCCGAUACAGGUGUUAAGGUUGUCGUUUCCGGUGGUAAGGUUGGAGAUAUGGCUUUGCAUUUCCUAAACAAAUAUGGGUUGAUGGCCGUUCGCUUGAAUUCCAAAUUCGAUCUACGUCGCUUGAGUCGUACCGUGAAUGCCACAGUGCUGCCAAGGAUUACAACUCCUAGCCAGGAAGAGUUGGGCUAUUGUGAUAAGGUUUGCGUCGAGGAGCUGGGCGAUACCACAAUUGUGGCAUUCAGAAAUGAAGGCAAGGAUUCACGCGUUUCUACCAUUGUCAUUCGUGGUGCUACAGAUAACUUCAUGGAUGAUAUUGAGCGCGCCAUGGAUGAUGGCAUCAACAAUUUCAAAUGUCUGACACGUGAUGGACGCUAUCUGCCAGGUGCGGGCGCUAUUGAAAUCGAACUGGCCACACAGUUAGCUGCUUAUGCGGACACUUUGCCCGGGCUUGAUCAAUAUGCAGUGCGCAAGUUUGCCAACGCCUUGGAAGUCUUCCCCAAAGCUCUGGCCGAAAACUCCGGCUCCAAUGGCACAGAUAUUGUGAAUCAACUCUACCUGGCACACAAUUCCGAGAAUGGCAAGAACAUUGGCUUCGACAUCGAAGCUGAAAAAGCUACCACCAUCGAUGCUGUCGAAGCGAAACUCUUCGAUCUGUAUCAAGCCAAAUUCUGGGGUCUCAAGUAUGCCGUGGGCGCUGCUACAACCAUUUUGAAAGUGGAUCAGAUCAUCAUGGCCAAGCGGGCCGGUGGACCAAAACCAAGGCAGGCCGCUGGCAGCGAUGAUGAGAGCUAAAUCAUCAUCCAAAUUGAAAACCUUACAAAAAUUUUAAGUUUCGCUAAAAUCUAUAACUUCAUUAUUUUAGUGGCAAACAACAAAUGCUCUUACAUGUAUUUUUGUAGGCACACAUUGGAAAUUAUAAAUUUCAUUAACAAAACACACACACACAUACAA